AUGAUCAACGUCACAGGCGUGACCAAGGGGAAGGGCUACAAAGGGGUCACCAGCCGCUGGCACACCAAGAAGCUGCCCCGCAAGACGCACCGAGGGCUGCCCAAGGUGGCCUGCAUUGGGGCAUGGCACCUGGCGCGCAAGGCCUUUUCUGUGGCAUGGGCUAGGCAGAAAGGCUACCACCACCGCACGGAGAUCAACAAGAAGAUCUACAAGAUCGGCCAGGGCUACCUGAUCAAGGACGGCAAGCUGCUCAAGAACAACACCUCCACUGACUAUGACCUGUCAGACAAGAGCAUCAACCCCCUGGGUGGCUUCGUGCACUACAGGGAAGUAACCAACGACUUCGUCAUGCUUAAAGGUUGCAUGGUGGGCACCAAGAAGCAGGUGCUGACCCUGCGCAAGUCCCUGCUGGUGCAGACCAAGCGGUGGGCCCUGGAGAAGAUCGACCUCAAGUUCAUUGACACCACCUCCAAGUUCAGCCACUGCCGCUUCCAGAGGGUGGAGGAGAAGAAGGCGUUCAUGGGACCACUUAAGAAAGACAGGAUCGCAAAGGAGGAAGGAGCCUGAUGGGGCUUGGAG